AUGCACAUACUGCCUCAGAGCGAGCUCCAGUUUAAAUUAGUUUUUGUGACAUAUUGUGAAGAUUUGGCUUUUUAUAGCAACAUUUUAUCUCUAUCACCCACUCAAACACUUUCACACUGCAGCCAGUGUUUAGGGCCAGGACAGAAGCAAAUCCACCUGGGACACAGACCUGGGACACAGACCUGGGACACAGACCUGGGACACAGACCUGGGACACAGACCUGGGACACAGACCUGGGACACAGACCUGGGACACAGACCUGGGACACAGACCUGGGACACAGACCUGGGACACAGACCUGGGACACAGACCUGGGACACAGACCUGGGACAAAGGCCUGGGACACAGACCUGGGACACAGACCUGGGACACAGACCUGGGACACAGACCUGGGACACAGACCUGGGACACAGACCUGGGACACAGACCUGGGACAAAGGCCUGGGACACAGACCUGGGACACAGACCUGGGACACAGACCUGGGACACAGACCUGGGACACAGACCUGGGACACAGACCUGGGACACAGACCUGGGACACAGACCUGGGACACAGACCUGGGACACAGACCUGGGACACAGACCUGGGACACAGACCUGGUACACAGACCUGGGACACAGACCUGGGACACAGACCUGGGACACAGACCUGGGACACAGACCUGGGACACAGACCUGGGACACAGACCUGGGACACAGACCUGGGACACAGACCUGGGACACAGACCUGGGACAAAGGCCUGGGACACAGACCUGGGACACAGACCUGGGACACAGACCUGGGACACAGACCUGGGACACAGACCUGGGACACAGACCUGGGACACAGACCUGGGACACAGACCUGGUACACAGACCUGGUACACAGACCUGGGAUACAGACCUGGGAUACAGACCUGGGACACAGACCUGGGACACAGACCUGGUACACAGACCUCUCUGUUAAACCCUGGUUGGUUAGACUCAGUAUUUCUUUGCCUCUUCAGCGUUUUCCUCUGAUGUGA